CACCUGUGCCCACAUGUGCCCCCGGACUGCCCAGCUGUCUCUCCUGGUAGCCUGCCUUGUGCCCCCAGCCCAGCGAGGCUGGAAGAGCCUCCACCCCCGCAGCACCGUUUGGCAGCGAGGCUAGCCGCGGGGGGCGCGGCCCCAGGAGGGAAAACCCUCUGUGGAGCACAGGGAGUGGGGCCCAGCAUCCGGACCCCAUUGGGCGCACGCUUUCGGCCACCUGCUCCCCUCCGGGCUGCCAGGGUCCCCAAGUUUAGGAUGGGGGAUGGGCCAAUGACAGGAGGCGGCGUGCCGGGCGCUCCCGUCCAACCCCAUGGAGACCCCGCCCUUCUCCGGGGUGGCGGGGAACACCUCCCAGGCGGGAAGGCCGCCCCCGCCGCUGGCCCCGGGCCCGCCGGCCCCCGGCCCUCCGCCCGCCAACGGCAGCCUCGAGACCGGGCCCCGGGACGUGGCCUCCGAGUCCGUGGCCCUCUUCUUCAUGCUCCUGCUUGACCUGACGGCGGUGGCGGGCAACGCGGCCGUGAUGGCGGUCAUCGCCAAGACCCCCGCCCUGCGCAAGUUCGUCUUCGUCUUCCACCUGUGCCUGGUGGACCUGCUGGCCGCCCUGACCCUCAUGCCCCUGGCCAUGGUCUCCAGCUCGGCCCUCUUCGACCGGGCCCUGUUCGGCGAGGCCGCCUGCCGCCUCUACCUCUUCCUGAGCGUCUGCUUCGUCAGCCUGGCCAUCCUGUCUGUGUCGGCCAUCAACGUGGAGCGCUAUUACUACGUGGUGCACCCCAUGCGCUACGAGGUGCGGAUGACGCUGGGGCUGGCGGCGGCGGUGCUGGCGGGCGUGUGGGUCAAGGCCGUGGCCACAGCGGCCGUGCCUGUGUUGGGCCGGGCCUCCCUGGAGCCUCGCGGGGCCCCCGGCUGCUCCCUGCAGUGGAGCCGCGGGGCCUACUGCCAACUCUUCGUGGCCGUCUUCGCCCUCUUCUACUUCCUGCUGCCCCUCGUCCUCAUUCUGGUGGUCUACUGCAGCAUGUUCCGCGUGGCCCGCGUGGCGGCCUUGCAGCACGGGCCCCCACCCACCUGGAUGGAGACCCCGCAGCAGGGGCGGGGGCGGGGCCGGCGGCGGCGGCGCUCCGAGUCGCUCAGCAGCCGCUCCACCAUGGUGACCAGCUCGGGGGCCCCCCGCACCACGCCGCACAGGACGUUGGGCGGGGGCAAGGCGGCCGCGGUCCUAUUGGCGGUGGGAGGCCAGUUCCUGCUCUGCUGGCUGCCCUACUUCUCCUUCCACCUGUACUGGGCCCUGAGCGGCCAGCCCCUCCUGGCGCGGCAGGCGGAGAGCGUGGUCACCUGGAUCGGCUACUUCUGCUUCACCUCCAACCCCUUCUUCUACGGCUGCCUGAACCGGCAGAUCCGGGGCGAGCUGGGCAAGCGGCUCGCCUGCUUCUUCAAGCCACCCCCAGACGAGGAACUCCGGCUGCCCAGCCGCGAGGGCUCCAUCGAGGAGAACUUUUUGCAGUUCCUCCAAGGGACCGGCUGCCCGGCGGAACCCUGGCCCCCCGAGCCCCCGCCCAGCCCCAAGCCGGACCCACCCGCCGUUGACUUCCGGAUUCCCGGCCAGAUAGCCGAGGAGACCUCCGACUUCCUGGACCGGCAGCUGACCGGCGACCUCGCCGUGUCCGACGGCUACCUCCGCCCGGCCUGCUCGCCCCGGCCUGAGCCUUGACGUGGCCUCUGAGGCGCCGGGAGGGAGAUGGGGCCUGGGAGAGGAGGGCAGGCGGCGCCGCCCACCUUCUGGCCUUGCCUUGGGCUGGCCCUGCAGACCCUACGCUUGGCCUGGCCCCCUCGGGCUGCCCAGGUCUGGCUGCUCUGACCUCCCCCUCUUCCUGGGAGCAUCCCACUUCCAGCUCCUCUGGAUAAUGAGGCAGAAGAGACCAAGGUGGGGCAUGGGGGCGGUGGGGGGGAGGACGGGCUUUGUGGCCACAGAAGCUCAUAUGAGUUGGCUCUCUGACCCUGUCCAUUUCUCUCAACCUCGUCGUCCAUUAGCUGAGACUCGGUCUCUCUCCUGACAGCCUGGGAAGGAGGAAGGGGUCAGGAGCUGGCCUCUUUGCUGACCAACUGGGACUGUGGUAGCCUUGACUGGGACACAGAACCCAAAUGUGCAAACCCCGGAGGGAGGAGGGGCCCAGGCAAACAAAGGUGGCACAGCCAGAGGCUCCCACCCAUCCCAUUACCCCCCGAUUUUGCCGUUGGACAGAGGGGAGCUGCAGGACUCGGGAAAGCUGGGAGCCCAAGCUAUAUCUAAUGGACCGAAUACUGGGACCCCAGUGCUGGAAGACUGGGCAGCCAAUAAAUUAUUUAUUAUGAAAAGUUCUGCUGGUGCCAUCUCCACCUCCAUCUAUUCAGGUUCAUUAAUAUUCAUAUAACUCAGGUCAGUUCGUAUUUCCUGGGCACCUAGAAGGUGCUUGGCACUAUUCCAGCA